CUGGUGUUGGCUUGUUUACGUUCCCGUAACAGAACACUUCAACAGAAGAAACCAGUAUAAAAAGUAUCAGACUGUAAAUAAAUAAAUACUGGGGUCGAUUUGUUCGACUAAAAACCCUUCGAGGUGGGUUUUUCCGCAGAUCGCAAUCCAAUGCUGGAAAAAGGAAAGGGGAAAAGAAAGAAACAAAAAUGCCGAAUAGUAUCAAUUCAACGCAACCGACAAAUGCAUUUUUUUAAUUAUUAUUAUUAUUAUUAUUAUAAUACGAUCUAAAGGCAGUAAAUUUUACGACAGAAAUUAUCCCAAAUCUCUUGCCGAGAGCCAAAAGUGAGGGCAAUUCAAACCGCUACUCUUUCCGGUUCCACCUAAUGUCUCUGUAACGAAGAUGGCGCCCAUCUAUAACUUUAUACAGUUUCUUCCAUGAGUGGAUACUUUCUAAUAAUGAUUAAAUAUGAAUUAUCUAGAGCUACAACAGGAGGAGCUCGAAGUCUUGGAAUCCAUUUAUGUUGGAGAUGACUGUUUUAAAAAAAUUAGUGAUACAACCUUUCAGUAUAAGUGUGGUGAAGAUGGAACAUCUCAUUCCCUAUUGAUUGAAAUCAGUUGGGGAGAAAAAUAUCCUGAUGAAGUUCCCUGUAUUAAUUUGGAUGCUUUUUAUAAUAAUCAUUUAGAGAAACAGUGCAAAGAUUUCCUAUUUCAACAAAUUAAGGAGAAAUCAGAUGAAAUGUUAGGGUGUGCAAUGACUUAUACACUUUUUGAAUGGGUUAAGGAGAAUAUUGGCAUGUUGAUGGUUUAUCAACCAACUACUGUUCUUGUGCCUGUUACUGCUGAACCUGAGGUUGAGAACAUAAAAGAGGACAAUUCUAAACAAGAAAAACAGUGUGAAGUAAAGAAAAAAAAAGAACAACUAACCAAAAAUCAAAAGAAGAAAUUAUUUGAUAGAGUUGGAAAUCAAGGUGAAAUUGUUCGUGGCUCCAACUGGGUUGAUGUUAUCAAGCAUCUUAGUCAAACUGGAAAUAAGCUGCAUACAAAUUAAUUUCUUUGCCUUAUCAUUAUAAGAAAAUGUGUAUAUUUUAAAAAAAGCUGCAAUAAAGUUGACACAUUUGUUUUAAAAAA